GUGUGAGAGUUGUUAGGAUGUUUGGACCGUUCGAGGUAUAUAAAGUCGUUGUAUUAGGUAGAACUCUGCACUUCUCAGUUGGCAUUCGACGAAGGUGCAGUGAAAGCUAUUCUACCAUCUGAGCAAUUGUACUCAUGGCUUAUCCAUAUUAUUCUCCCCCUCCGCCGUCGCCACCACCGCCGCCGCCAAAAGUUCCUUGUAACACCCCGCCGCCACCACCACCAAAACCUCCAUGCAAGUCACCUCCUCCACCUCAUACAGGUUACGCAGUGUCUCCGCCACCUCCUCCUACUGGUCACGUAAUGCCACCACCGCAGACUCCUUCCCCGUCUCCACCACCACCUCAUCGCCGCCGCCAUCGCCACCACCACCAUCAUCAUCGCAAGCCGAAACCUACGCCCGGCCCGGGAACACCUCCAAAACCAUGUCCUCCGCCAUCAACACCACUUCAUCCAGUAGUUUCUCCACCCAAACCACCAACUUAUACUACUCCACCACCGUUGCCAUCCGCUCCAACUCCACCACCACCACCCAAGAAUUCACAUCCGCCACCAUCAAACUACUGCCCGCCACCAACAUCACACCCUCGACCGCCAUCACAGCCUGGCACUCCUUACAAGCCCCCACAAGCACCGUCGCCUACACCGUCUCCACCCAGAGCUGAAACGCCAACUUCGCCGCCAUCACAGCCUGGCACUCCUCACAAACCACCGCAAGCGCCCUCUCCAACACCGUCGCCACCCGGAACCGAAACACCAACUUCUCCACCCUCUAAGAAUUACCAGCCACCCGUGGGAGCUCCACCAUCACAGCCCGGAACUCCUAACAAGCCCCCACAAGGGCCAUCUCCGGCGGCAUCGCCGCCAAACAAGUCAACAAUGCCACCGACCCCAACACCUCCGGGAGGAAAUCACGGUCCGGCAUCACCACCCACAAAGCCACCACGUGGCUCCCGAACACCAGCUCCGUCUCCCCACUACCCCAAACCGACUAGCCCAUCACCAUCACCAUCACCAUUACCCUAUACCUUUCCACCCUCAACGUCAUUCCCUCCCUAUGCCACACCGCCGUAUCCAUUCGAUUCCUUUCCGCCGUCUCCAUUCUCUUCCGUUCCACCGUCUCCGUUCUCUUCCAUUCCGCCGUCAUCCGGAACCAUUGUGUCUCCACCACCGUCAGGCGGCGGAGGAGGGCACCACACGGUGGUCAUUGCGGUGUGUGCGUCACUAGGAGGUCUCUUCUUCCUAGCAUUCCUCGCACUUGGACUCUUCUGCGUAGCUAAGAAGAAGAAGAAACCUAUAGUCGUUCCUCCGGCGGCGCCUCCCUGCGAAGAGGAAACCCCUCCACCGCCUCCUCCGCCGCCGCAUCAUGGCCCGCACCACGGAGAAAUUCAUUCUUCACAAUGUUAAUGAUAUGGAUGGCCAACAUGGAAUUUUAGACACCACAAAUUGCCAAGUCAAGGUCUUUUCAUAUAUUUACUUUUCUAAACGUGGAAAUACGUGUAGUUUCUUUCAUAUAUUCGUUUUUCAUGUUUUUCAAUUUUAAUUUUUUAAUUUUCGUGGAUCUUCAUUGUUGGGAUGCUGUGUGCAUGAUUCAUUGUAUGUAGUGUGGGUGCAGCAAUAAAGUAGAAUGAUUAAUAAAGGUAUCUCCCCGAGGGAUUAGGGUGGGACAACCUUUUAUAUAUGUACUUAUGUUAGACGUACCAAAGUUUGCUACUUGACAAGUUUGACCGUGUCAUUCUUGGAUAAUACACAUAUCACAUAUGUGAAAGAUGUUAUUUA